AGCGCCAUCCUCUCCAGCACCUAGGACAUCCUCCAUGGGUUCAUUUCCACCCGCUCGGUGUGCAACAUGCUCCACGGUUAAGAUAUUUCCCAUAGGUUUGUUUUGCCUAUACCCUGCCAAGAGAUGUUCAUGCUGGUUUGGUCAAUUGAUGCGUUCUCUACUGUCUUUGUGCGUUCAAUUAGUUAGGAUUCAAAUCUUCAACUGGAUUCACAAUGUUAAGUACCAGGGCUUUGCUUUCUUUUGUGUUAAGUGAUCUAGCGUGCAGUGUGUCUUUCUAGCACCGUGAUGCCAUGAUUUUGAUGGAAGUUACUUUUAUAUGUUUGCCGGCGCUUGAGCUGAGGGCCCUACGGCAGCUGGUGCUACAUGCCUAGCGUGUGGAGGGCGACUGGCGAUGGAGUGCCAAGGAAGGCGCCAAGGAAGCUUUGUGCGUUCUGAUGGAUGAUUGGAGCCAGAAGGUGGACAAGAGGACUGGCUGGGACGGAGUGAUGGAUGGGCAAAACAAUGGCCGUGGUUUGGGUGCGAGCAAUCAGACUUAGCAGGGCAAACGUCAGGAUUCAUGCCGAGAGACAUACUUGCACUGGUUGCAGAUGCUGGUGUGUCUUUUGCACAUAAAAUGGCAGCAGAGAAAGAUAGCAAAGGAAUCAGUGAUCAUGAGGAGAUCCUUCCAGAAAGCUCUUCUGCCUCACAAAAUGAGGAAAAGCAUUUCUGCAAAGAAGAUAUUCUGUCUUCCUUGGAGCAAAGAAGAUAUUCUGUCUUCCUUGGAACGAGCUAAGAAAAGGAAUCGUGCUGCACUGGGCACACCCAAAGUUCCCGAUGUCAAAUGGGAGGAUGCUGGUGGGCUAGAGGAAGUACAAAAGGUUAUUCUAGAUACUAUUCAGUUGCCUUUGAUGUACAAACACCUUUUUUCUUCUAAAUUGCGGAAGCGAUCACCGAUCAGGUGUCCUGCUUUAUGGACCUCCAGGAACAGGGAAAACCUUAUUGGCGAAAGCAGUAGCUACUGAAUGCUCGCUGAACUUUCUUAGCGUGAAAGGUCCAGAACUGAUAAACAUGUAUGUUGGAGAAUCAGAGAAGAAUAUUAGGGACAUAUUUGAGAAGGCUAGAUCUGCACGCCCAUGUGUCAUUUUCUUUGAUGAGCUUGAUUCCCUAGCUCCAGCACGAGGAUCCUCAGCAGAUUCUGGUGGUGUUAUGGACAGAGUUGUUUCCCAGUUACUUGUGGAGAUAGAUGGGUUGAGCGAUAACAGCCAGGACCUUUUCAUUAUUGGGGCUACCAAUAGGCCCGACCUUCUUGAUUCUGCUCUUCUUCGCCCUGGACGGUUUGAUAAGCUUCUCUAUGUUGGUGUAAAUACUGAUGCAUCAUACAGGGAAAGGAUCCUUAAAGCACAGACGCGUUGGCCCUGUUCGCAGUGCUGGUGCUGGAGGCUGCUGUUGGAGUGGUGUGAGAGGAAAACACUGUUGGCUGGCUAGUGGCUGUUGGAGCAGAACAGGGUCUCUUGUCAGUUGCUCAGCGUUGUCUCCAAACUUUACCGGUGCUGAUAUUUAUGCACUGUGUGCGGAUGCAUGGUUUAAGGUUUACCGGAGUCUAAUCGUAUUAUGUGUUCCCCUAUUGUGUAUUAUGGUAAAAUAUUUUCGCUACCCGUAGUAAUGCACGGGCA